GUCUCGGGGAAUCAGGCCACACACGUCUGGCUCACACGUCCAUAAUGUUGACGGUAUUCUCUCAUAUUUGGACAGAAAUUAACAUCCUAGUGCAGUGAAAAAAUGUUAAUCUAGGUCUAUACUUGAAAAUUAACCUAGUGAAAAUACCAUAGUGUGUUGGGAAAUGACAAAAAAUAAACCACCUUUACAAAAUGACGCUCUAGUGUGAGUCUUUGUCUUCAUCUGUGGUGUGGUGGGACGGCUCCUCUCCUCCUCUUCCUCUCUCUCUCUUCCACCAGUUAUUGGAUUUUUUUUUUUGGUUUAAUCUCAUCGUUAUUCCCAACUACAUCUAAGUUGGUUUAACGUCUGGUGAAGAGGGAGGUUUAACUACGUGGUGGAAGGUAUCAGUGAAGGAAGAUGAGGGCAAGCAGUGUUGAGGAGGUCGGAGGCCAUGGCCCGGGUGACCCAUGGGAGGUGUUCACAGCACUGGCCAUCCUGGUGGUAGAGGGCCGGACCCCUGGUGGCGAGAGAGGCUACCACGCAGGACCCCAUUGUCCACUACCACACCAGCUGCAGCAUAAACAUUCUUGUGACCAAAAUGACCACUUGUGCAUGCAAGCCGGGGCCCUGGUGCGGCAGUUGCGGGUAAUGUGGGGGGUCGGUGUGAGUGUCAGCCUGGAGGUGUUAGUCGCACCAGAGUGCCACCAUGGAGCAGCACUUGCCACCACGCUCGACACCACCACCGCCCCCUCCCAGAACCUGCGCCUCAUUGAACAGUGGAACUUCACCAUCUAUGACCGCAGGCUCCCAGACGCAGCAGCUACUGGUUGGUCCCUGAUGGCAGCUGUGCGUUCCUUCCUCCACUUCUCGCAGCUGUCCGCCUGGCUGAGCGUCUCCAGGGGGCGGCGGCCACCCAACGUACUCUGCCGCCUCACGGUCACGUCGCCCGUCUUCUGUUCCAAGUUCACCGAGGAAGCGGAGGAGCAUGUGUUUCCCAUCGCUUAUAUGGGGCAGGAGACUUCUAUUAAGGUGGCCGUACGUUCACUCCCUCGCAGCGACAAGGUACCAGUGGUGGUGUGUCCCGAGCCCCACGAUGAGGAGGAGGUGGAGGUGGUCGACGAGUCACCGGCAGACAGCUGUACUUCUGGGUACUCUUCGAACAAGACCGACAUGACCAGAUGCGACGACGACUUGAGGAGAAGCGUGAUGAAGGCGAGACUGGCAGAGAACACCCGCAUCAGUCGCAGCGAAUCCCCGGACACCCAACUCGGGGAAUCCCUCUUGGAUCCGCCAAACUCCCUCACCCGUUUCCCCCGUCGCUACCAGUCGCCGUCGCGGUCUGGCUCCCCGUCUCUGGAAACUCCCGAACACCUCAUAUGCCGACACAGACCCCCGGCCCCGCAGAACGCCAGGCCCCCCGACAUUGGCAUGGUUUUGGGACCGACUCCGCCCUCCCAUCCGUUCUCUUGGACCCAGGCGAGGUAUCCGAUGACUCCGGUUGUCCAUCAGGCCUCUGCGGAUUCGCUCUGCCCGCCCGACGCCGAAGCAUUACAUCAUCACCACCAACAACAUCACCAACAUCACCACCAACAGCAGCUUCACCACCAACAUCAACAUCCCUACAGGUUCGACUACUCGGGUCCCUCCUAUCAACAGUAUCAACGGCCGCAGCUCGUCUAUAAUCGUCCGCAUAUGUGCUGGCCGCAGGUCGAGCCGGCGAUGCAGCACAAUCCGCAGCACGUCGCCCCACAUCCCUUACGGAACCAUCUCUCGGCCAGCCCCCGCAGCUACGACAAACCUCGGGGCCAGGUGUCCCCGAGAGGCGGGAAAUACCAGCAUUAUCCCGAGUACCAGAUGCCAGAACAACAGGAAUAUCCUCUACCCACAGGAGAGUACCCAGACCCUUCACCAACCAGACCUGUGGGGGAGUACCAGAAGACCGAUCCGUAUACGAGGCUGAUGUCGACGAGGGGACAGUACCCGGACGUUAGAGCGGCGAAGACCAGGGAUUAUACCCCGUGCCGAGACCAGGGGCUCAAACGUCGAGGAGAGUGCUCUAGCGAAUGGGAAUGCCAGACCGACCAUCAACACGGCAAGAGGGAAUACUUCAAACAGUUCUCGUCCGAAAGCGAACCCUGUAGCUCUAGAGUAGCAGGCGGGAGCACAAGGGUCAAACAGAGCCUCGACAAGCCUGGCGGGCCGACGAAAGAAGCUCGACAAGACCUUCCCGAGAUAAUGGACGAUCAACUCAGACCCAGUUGUUCGCACACGGGGAAGCAUUUAUGUUCCAGUAUAGAGGACCUGACUGAAGUAGGCAGGAAAGAGGAACUCAGACCAACACAGCCUCAUCCUAAAGAACUAAAACAAGAAUUGAAAAACAGAGGAGACGUCGUCAGCCCGGGCCACUUGUUCCGCAACAAGUUCAACUUUGAGCUGACACCCAGGGAGACCAUGGAGAUACUCAGCGUUCUACGGCAGCCGACUCCCGUCCCGCCUCUACGGAUCGACCGGCACAGGAACAAAUCCGCCACGGAAUCUCCUGGAGGCUCGUGCGAGUCCAAGACCCUGUCGCGCUAUCGGGGCGGAGGCGGCGACGUCGGCAGUAAAUCUUGGGACGAGGAGGAAAUGAGUGUGAAUUUUUUCGAGUCCAGAGAAAAGAAAAUUGAAGGGAGGUGUUGGGAGGAAGGGAAGGUCGAGACUCUACGGUGGAAGGAACGGGAGGGUAAGAACGGAUGCAGAACGGACGGGAGCGGCGAGAAGACCAGAGAAGUGUCCUGGAAUGACUGGAGAGGAAAAUCCGGGCCAGGAAACUCCUCCGUCGAGCGUCGAGGACGGGACGGCGAGAAGUGCCAUAGGGAGAACUGGGGGAGAGCAACGAAGAGCGGCGUCCGGGAGUUCAACCCAACUCCGGAGAACCUGUUUCUGGAGGCCAUAGCUCGGACCGGGGAGAAACAUUGUGAUAUUUCUAGUUGUAAGACAUUAGUCGAUAGUAGGGAGUCGUAUCGGACCAGAGUGUGCACAGAUAACAAGACCGGUGAGAAGGUGAACUGCGAUGUUAAAGAUUUGUGUGGGGGGAAAAGUGCGAGGUCAUUUAUAUCCCAGAGUCAGUCGAGGUGUAUUGAGGCGAAGAAGGUCACCCAUAAGACUAAUUCUUUUACCGCCAACAGCGAACCGACCCGGCCGGUUACCUCGCAGCCGCAGAAACAGACGUCGCAGACUUUGGUCAAGAGCCCGUUCGGUGCGGUUUUAUCGAGCAUUAAGAGAGAAUACGGCCGGGUCUUGGAAGACGAACUCGACCGAGAUUCGGCGAAAUUAAAACCGUCGAAGGAAAAGGACGCCGUCAAGAGGGCAUUGAAUUUCGACGACAAGAGAUCCGUCGAUUCGUUCGCCGAAAAGACCUCGGAGGAGAAAAACACAUCCAACGGCAAACUUUUCGGCGGCGAAAAGUUCCACCAGUUGGAACCGGUCGCCCAGACGGUCAACAGAGACGCUAGAGGCGUACGGGACGCUCGUGAAGGUUUUCUAAAGAGUACAAGUUUACUCAAACACCUGAUGACUAAAACACACCAACCACCUCGGGGCGCCUCUCAGGACAACGAUGGAAUGGACUGGAAUGAACUGGUGAAGAAAGAAGAAGAGGAACAAGAAGAAGAAGAAGAAGAAGAGGAGGAAGAAGAAGAUGAUGAUAAGAUUGAAACACAGGAGAUGGAGGUACAGGAAGGAGAAAUGGAACUCGUGGACAAUGAAGUAGAGAAGAUCUGCAACGGUAAGGGGGUCCUGAUACCGUCUGCUAGCGAGAAGGCCCAGUUCAGGAGGUCUUUGGACUCUGCGACUAAUAUGGUCUUUCACAGCAAGACCGGGCUGCCUCUUACGUCCUCUCCAGCGCCUCUUAGGAAGGGGAAGAGGUUCGAUUACGACUCAAGUCUCAACACCAUCGCUGCGAUCAAGAGAUCGACUUCGUUCCACUGCAGCGCGUUGUACACCUGUGAUAAUGGGGAGGAACACACCUACACCAUCGAGGCUCACGACGUCAGCAUGGCCACCACCAAGUCCACGAUGAUGCAGCUCUCGACGUCGGCCCCGGCCACCGUCACCUGUUCGAACCUACUCGGCAGCUUCGAGGAGUGCGUGUUGAACGGACGACUGGAGCCCGUGUCGACCGUCCAGGGGUUCACGGCCGAGAUAGCAGCUUCGGGAGCCUUCUGUCCAGGGCGCACCACCAAGCCGGUCACGGUCUUCUUCUACACCCUCUGUGAUAAUGACCAGAUCUCAUCCCCGUAUAUGGGUCAUAUUAACUUGGGCAAGAAGGGUUACCAUGUGCCAAAUAGAGGAACGGUCCAGGUGACGUUAUUCAACCCUCACGGUACUGUAGUGAAGAUGUUUGUGGUGAUGUACGAUCUGUCCGAUAUGCCGCCCAACUCGCGUACAUUUGUCCGUCAACGAACGCUCAACAUGCCCGUGGGAGCCAGCGAUUCCGAUCCUAAUGCUCAUCAAUGGCUUCGUUACCUCAUCCAUCUCAGGUUCGUCAGUUCUAAGUCCAGUAAAAUCUACCUCCAUACUGAUGUCAGAAUGUUAAUCUUCCGUAAGAGUGACGCUGAUGCGGCCACCCUGCACAAGACCAGCGUACCUUAUGAGCUGCGUUCGUUCACACACGGCCCCACCAAUCCUAAAUUCUCGCCCAGGAAGUAAAAGAAAAGAUGAAGUUUUCGUGUUAAUGACUGCAGAUCGCACUAUGAGGAUCCUGAUUAGUAGUAAGUAAAUACUGUGGUGUACUAUACUGUGGUGUACUGUACUGAGCUGUACUGUAUUGUACUGUACUGUACUGUAUUGUACUGUACUAAGCUGUACUGUACUGUACUAUAC